CACAUUUCUUCACUGUUAACAAUCCUGAUUUUUAUGCUUCAGUUUGAAGCAUGCAUCAGUGAAACCUACAUGGAUCUUUAUUACACACCGGGAAAUGAUGUCGUUCUCCCCUGUGAUAACACAUCCUCAUUGAACUCAUCAUGCUCCAUCAUUACGUGGUUUUAUAACAGAGACAACUCUGAGACAAUAGAAAUGGUUUGGAAUGGCACUAUUAUGGAGAACUCAGCUCAAGCAGCCAGACUGAGUCUGUACAGUAACUACUCCCUGGGCAUCAGGAACAUUGUUGCUGAAGAUGCUGGCCUUUACUGGUGUUGGUCUGGGAACACUACAGCCCAGGAUACAAUUGUGGGUCUGCAUAUUUUGAACAUUUCAGCAUCUCAGACACAAAACUGGGAUGGAUACAUCACAUUAACGUGCACUCUCUUCAAAUACUCUGACUCCCAAUUGUGUGGCGAGAACAGCAUCGUCUGGUUGAACGAAACAGGAACUGUGCUGCUUGGCAGUGGUGCGAGGGACAUUGGACCGAUGUGCGUUUCUCUUUUGACUGUGAAACCUCAGAAGGCCCACAACAAAACAUACACCUGCCAGUAUAUCAAGAAAAACAGUGUGAAGAUAGAAGCUCACUACACAACUAUAGGUAGGAUAAGAAGCUUAAAUGAAUUUCAAAAUAAUCUGAAUUAUGCACUUCAAUAA